AUGGCAAAGAAAAAGAGCAAGGGAGUUUCUACUGGUGAGGGGCAGAAUGCGACCCUUGACGACGUUUCGCAGACCAAUACACAACCCUCAGACACUACUAGCACAAAUGGAGGAACCAAGAAGAGGUCCAAGAAGCAAAAGGAGGCUAAAGAAAACUCGUCGGAUUCGUCUUUGCAGACCCUUAAUAUAUGUCGAAAUAAGCAUUGGCGAUAUAUCUCUGCCUUUCACGGACCUUGGCUUCAGAUGCCUCUCGAGAUCUUGGAAUCAACCGUUAACGUUAACUGGAAUACCCUGCGACCUCGUCCUAUCGACCCUGCCGUCAUGUUCGACUUGCUCAAGAUCCGCCGUCUUGUUGAAGAAGCAACAAACCUCACCGUGAGAGCUGCUAGUGACAUCGCCUCGCCAUUGUUGACCAACGUGCACGGCGGCCUGCCUGGACGAGAUUCUAUGUCUGCGCUCGGCUUGACGGGACCAGCGCAUGGUGUAAAGCUGACCCCCGAGCGCAGAUUUCGGAUGAGGGAGCACGCGAGCCAGAAGCUUAGUCGGGCGUACCAUCUAGACGAAAUUGCCUGUAGUGUUGCGGCAAUGCAGGGUGCGUCAGCUGUAGACGAACUUGGCGCCCUCGUGCUACAUCGCAAACCUCAGGAUCCCGAUGCCAAAUAUGUACAUUUCUUCCAUGAAAAGAUACCCUCCCGUCAGUUGGUGGAGUCCACAAGCCUGCAACCCCUGACGGAUAUCAUAUCAGAGAGGCCCCAACAAAGUGAGGCCCUUCGCACACGCGCCAUUGUCAAGACAUUUAGGGAGGAUUAUCUAGGGGCCACCCAGGAUCUUACACUCGCCCUCACAAUAUGCCGAACACAUCAGCAGCCCCAUCGGCCACAUCAGGAGGAGGCAGAGUCUGGGCAGGCACUCCGGGGCAAACGAUGGCGUCUAGAAGCCGUCCCGGCUGAGGAUGAUCAGCCUCGUAGUUUAGGAAGCCAGCUAUUAUUCCUCCGCGGCGUAGCCUACCUAUCUCUUGCCUGCCAGUACAUUGAGAACGGUAUCUCUGGAGCUGUAGCUCGGGAGCCGAAUGAACAUGCCGAUGAAGGCAACUCAAAUAGUAACAUUGACUUGGAAGUCAACGGCGGAAAUCCAUCAGAUCGAACCAAAAACUCGCUCCUCGAACCGACAGAGUCACGAAAGCUUGUCAAAAAAUAUGCCAAGUGGGCGCUUCGAGAUUUGCUCGCCUUCAUGUCACACCUCGAGUACGCGCCCUACCUACCAACCUCCGUUAUAAAGGACUUCAAUGACCGAGUUAAUCUCUCUGCCCAAGGCGUCCGUAGCCCCCGAUCAUCCGAGGCAGCAAACUCUUCCGAGCCAUAUGCCAUCUACCCCGUGUCGCACCUUUUCGCCGCCGUGCCGCCGGUAGAUCUACCUCCUUACCCUAGCCAGGAGUUGUCAGAAUUUGAGGGGGAAACCAAGCCACCGGAGAUCCCGAAAACAUGCGAAUUGUUGACCUAUCAUCCCUUUCUGAGCGAUGCCCUCCACUCGCUCCUACUCUGCCACUGUCUCGCCCAGACCUCCGCCAGGGAACUUCAACGCCACACAUAUAUGGCAGCACGAGUGGCACGUCUUGCCGAUGGACACCCGAUCUUCCAAGUGAGUCGCUCACCAGCCCGGUCGGAUUGGAUGGAAAUCCUCCGUCGUGCGGAUGACAGCUGGCUCCAGCUCAGUGACUCAUGGGAGAACCUCUGCAAACCUGCGCCUCUCCCUUUUUACUACGGGCACUUUGCGCCCAUGCUCUCCGAAGACUCAAAGCAUCACAAUGGUGUUUCUAGAGAAGUAGCUGCGGCUGCGGCUGCAUCACUGAUCGAUGGCAGCUCUAGUGCUGGGUCAUAUGUGCCCAGUUCAGAUGAGCGACGCCAACAGCUCUUGCGCGAGCAUGGCCAGCGAGUCCGCGAUGCUCUCAACGACCAACGGGUAUGCGACGAAGAUACUUUCCGUGCUGCCAUCGAAGUCCGGGAGAAGCUGGCCAAGAAAGACCGAGCCGCCGCCGUGGCUGCUGCUAACGGCACAUCAACUCACAGCGCAUCUGCCACUAACAAUCCAGGCAUCAAGCGAUGGACCAUCGACGAUACUAAGGACUAUCCCGUAUGUACCGCAAGGGCUACCCUUAUUGCGCAGUGGGUGCGUGAGGCGCCUGUAGUCACAGGCACUACACGACGCAAGAAGCGCACAAAGAAGGUUGGGGACAAGCCAGAGGCGUUGGUUGACUCUGCGGUAAAGCUGAACCUUGAGAAUUAA